AUGGGCUGCGGCUUCCUGGGCCCCACGGCGGCGCUCCUCUGCCACUUCACCGAGGCGCACGGCUGGCCCUGCGUCACGGGGGUCUUCCCCGGGGACAGGGUCGCCAUGCAUCUCCAGGCCGGGUUCAACGUUGUCGUGGUUGACCGCGGCUCGGACGGCACCACCGCCGGCCGCUACCUCGUGGUGAUGAAGCUGGCGCCGGAGCCGUUUGGCUGGACCGUCGCCGCGUUCUGCCUGCGUCCGCGUGCCGCGGAGUUUGAAGGGCCUUUGUUCUGGGCGCGUGAUCGGACAUUGUGCCAGAUCAGUCUUACCUACGUCCGCAAUGUCUUCCGCGGCAAAAAAAAUGACGGCAGCGAGGAUGAGGAUGGCUGCGGCGACGACGACGACAGCUGCGGCGACGAUGACGGCUGCAACGACAAUGAAGGCUGCAAAGACGACCUGAUUCAGCAAUACGAGGAGACGACCAAUGCUGACGUGGUGUGCACGAAUCUCUGUGGAGGGUGCCCCGACCUGGAAGAAUGCUUCGAGGCGCAUGUGUUCAGGUCAGUCGAUGUUGUGGGAGACGAGGAUGGCGUUGAUGUCAUCAUUAGCAUCAUCAUCAAGUAA